AGCCAUUCAGACACAGUGUAGCAACACACUAGCACAUGAAUGAGUUUUAGCGUGGAGCCUCCCAUAAGAGCUGCUCCAAGGGGAAUACCUCAUAUUUUUCGGCAACUUUGUGAUUUAAUAGUUACCUGUUAUCAGCCUCAAAUCAGCUCCUUGUCCCAGUUCUACAUAGGGCUUCAAAGCUAAUGUAGCUUAGCAUCCCCUCUUCAACCGGAGAGAUUAGCUGCUAAGGUUAGCUAGCUGUUAGCUAGUUAAUGUGGGGAUAGUUGGCCUAAAUGGGAAUCAACCAAGUACACAGCGUAUGUGGUAGUUAGUUUAGAGUAAACUAUCUGGAAAUGGACCUUAAUUUUUACUCUGACCUGUCGGAUGGAUGUGCUCAGAAUGUGGACUCUGAGUUUUUGGACCCACCAGCAUAUGGCGGAUACCCCGAGGAGAACAAGUUUCCAGAAGGCGGAGACAGUUAUCUGACCAUCAGUGGAGCGGGCCACCCUUUUCUGUCUGCUGAGCAGACGUUCCAUACUCCCAGUCUCGGGGACGAGGUGUUUGAGAUCCCCCCGAUCUCCCUGGACCCCGACCCCACUCUGAGCAUCAGUGAUGGAGUGUCCCACUUUGAGCUGACAGACGGGUCCGAUGGCCCCGGGGGCCCUUCAGGCUCCAGGAGCCUCGUGAGCAACCUGGUGGUGGAGGCCAACGACCCGUCCUUCGCCUCCACCUUCGUGAACUCUGGGUCUCAAGGCCUGGAGCAGCUGAACCUCGGGACCAUGGGUCAGACCGGAGGAGGAGCCCUGCUGAGCUCCUCGGCUCUGGAACUGGGGAAUCCCGGAGGUUCACAUUUCAGCAGCUCGUCCCCUAUGACCAUUGAUGUCCAGCUUGGUGACAUCAGUCAUGGUCUCCUGGGGAGCAGCCAGCUGAGCACCAUCAACCCGUCGGAGCUGGCUCUGGGGCUGGGAGGGGACACCAUCGGCCAUCACUCAGAGACCCCGGAGCAGCCGCUGUCAGCUACACCGUCACCAGCCGGCUCCCUGCAGGACGAGGACAUGGAUGACUUCAAGAGGAGCGUUCUGGUCGACUCCCCCAUGUAUCUCUCCUCCUCCUCCUCCUCCCUCUCCCACAUGUCCUCCCACCCAGCUCCUCCAUCUUCUGGGUCUCCUGCUGCAGCUAGGAGGGGCGGCUGGAGGCCGGCCUCUCUGGCCUCGGGGCCCGGGGCCGUGGGGGCCAAGAAAGGAAGGAAGAAGAAAGACCCCAACGAACCUCAGAAGCCCGUUUCAGCGUACGCGCUGUUCUUCAGAGACACUCAGGCGGCCAUUAAAGGCCAGAACCCCAACGCCUCGUUUGGGGAGGUGUCAAAGAUCGUAGCUUCUAUGUGGGACAGUCUGGCUGAGGAGCAGAAACAGGUGUACAGGAGGAAGACAGAAGCAGCCAAAAAGGAAUAUUUAAAGGCUCUGGCAGCUUAUAAAGCCAACCAGCUCACACAGCCUGCCUGUGAGGAGAUGGAGGCGGCCCCUUCCCCUCCUCCCCCGGUGCUCCCUACUCCUCCUCCUGCUGCUGCUGCUCCUCUCUUUGGUGCUCAGCAGGCGGUGCGUCCAGCCAGCAGCAGCCUGGAGGAGAACACCAUCACCAACAUCUGCACCUCCAACAUCAUCCUGGACGUCCCGGAGAUGACCACGCGGUCCCGCACCGGGGCCAACAAAGUCCCGGCUCCGGCGGCGGCGGCCCCCCCGGCGGCCCAGACCAUCACCAAGAUCAUCAUCCCCAAACACAUGCUGCAGGCGGGGGGGCAGGUGGUGACGGUGCUGCCCGGGGGGGUCCGCGCCCUGCAGCCCGCCACCACGCUGCUGGUGUCGGGCGCCUCCCGCCAGCCGCCGCCGCUGCAGCAGAUGCAGAACGCUCCGCCUCCUCCUCGGCUCCAGCAGAUGGCGCCCGCGCCUCCUCCUCUGCAGGCCAAGCCGCGGGAGGGUGGAGCCACGAUAGGCGUCAGCGUGUCCGUCACCGCUACGCCUCCUCCUCCGCUGCAGAUAAAGAUAGUUCCUGCGUCCCUGCAGGGUAAAGAGGCCAUCAUCGUCCCCAACACGGCCGCCGCGUCUUCCACCGCCAGCACGGCGGCGCCGGCUGCAGCCGUCGUCUCGCUGCAGGUGGUGAACUCUGCAGACGCGACGGAGGAUGUUGUUACAGAAGAGCUGCACUCAGAAGAGGAGGAGAUGGAGGUGAACGGGUCGGGUGGAGCAGCGAUGAUGAGGAGUGUGUGUGUGAGGACGGGCUGCAACAACCCGGCGGUGGAGAGCGACGACUGGGACCGAGAGUACUGCAGCAACGAGUGUGUGGCCACUCACUGCAGAGAAAUCUUCAAGGCUUGGUGCUCGAUCAGGAAUCAGACCAUGGGAACAGUGAAAUAGAGCCAAUCACACCAACAGGAUACUUGUUUGUUUUUUUACAGUGUUAAUAGUUGAAGGACACAUGCAGUUUUGUACUUGUACUGUAGGUUUGACAGUUGCCCUUCAGGACAAUAAACCAGUUAUAUUGCUAAAUUAGGACAGCAAUCCCACGCUAGUGUUUCUGCCACACAGACGGAUGAACGGUGACAGUAAUUAUGAUGUAAUGUUGCUCCAGCUUUAGUCAGAUAUCAAGGGACUUCACGGCAGCUAGAGGAGAUAAAGUGUCAAAGCUGGUUCAUGGUAAUAAUGUUCUCUCUUACUGAAGUCCACACAGGUCAGUUUAUCAUUGUUAACUGUUUAUUGUUUGUCAAAAGGAACCAACAAAGAACAUUUGAACCUUUUUUCCAGCAGUUUGAGACAUAAAAACUCACUGAUUGGCUCUGAAACGUCUCUUCACUAUAAACUAAAGGCUGUUUAAGGUGGAAAACAGUUUGUAUCACUAUAUACCUUGUUUUUGUACUGACAAUAGUGGCCUUUCUGGGUUAUAUAUUGCCUUCAUGUUUUUUGUAAAACAUUCUGUUCAGAUCGUUGUUUAAAAAAUGCUUGACUUUCAUGUUUUCUUAAUAAAUGAGCAGAUUUGCUCAAAUCAG